GGUUUUUCGGGUCCCUGCUGGCGCUCAUCUGCCAGCACCUCUCCAUGGUGGACGUGGUGCUGCUGCUGCACGGGCGCUGCCAGCCCCUGGCGCGGCUGCAGCCGCUGCUGCGCCGCUGCUUCCGCCAGCACUACCUGGGGGGGCGAGGGGUCUCUGGGGGUCCCUGGGGUCUCUGUGUUAAUUUGAGGAGGGGUCUCUCUCUGCCCCCAGACGGCUCCUUCGGGCCGCGGCUGCUGGAGCUCUGCAACCGGGGCCUGUUCGAGUGCCUGGCGCUGAACCUGCACUGCCUGCGGGGGGAGCGGGGGGCCCUGGGGGCCCUGAUCAGCGACAGGAUCCGCCGUCUCUCGGCCGACGUGCCCCCCUCCCUGGUGGGCUGGCUGACGGCCGUGGUGGGGCUGCGGCUCCAGGCCGUGCUGGAGCAGAUGCCGGUGACCCCCGAGCAGGUUCUGCCCUACGUGAGACACCUGGGGGAGCCCCCCGAGGCCCCGCCCCGCCAGGUGAGCGACCGCCGUCUCUCGGCCGACGUGCCCCCCUCCCUGGUGGGCUGGCUGACGGCCGUGGUGGGGCUGCGGCUCCAGGCCGUGCUGGAGCAGAUGCCGGUGACCCCCGAGCAGGUUCUGCCCUACGUGAGACACCUGGGGGAGCCCCCCGAGGCCCCGCCCCGCCAG